CUACCCAAUUGGAGAGGCGGGUACGUGUCAUUGCGGAUGUUAAAAGGAACAGAAACAAAGAGUGGAUACGAGCAUAGCUUCCGCUUACCGCAGUUUUCUAUUAACUUCGGACACUGUGAUGGGGAGUAGAAAGCUGUCUCCAUUUGGCAUCCUUUCUUAACUUUAGGGAUCGUCGGGAAAGGGCAAGAACUCGAUGUCAGCUUAUUAACAUUUUCAAUCUUCAUCAGAACAAUUGGCGUGAACUCACGAAUACAUUGAUUAGCCAUACAAGUAGUUCCUUGAGGACAGUCUGCGUUAUCAUGACAGGAUAUGUUGUAGUAGACUGA